AAAAUACUGUAUCAAACACUUUCCCGCUCGACGCGACCGCGACGCCACCAGUGUGUUAGCGUGUGCCGCUUGUACCGCGCGCCGUGUCGGUUCGCUGUCCGCGCGAUACCAAUUGUUCGUAUGACCCGAGUAAUUGUGCACCAUGUCUAAAGUCAAGACAAUGUUGAAAAUCGGUGGCGGUGCUGCGCUGGUGGCUGCCAUCGUCGCCGUGUUCAUCGUCGCCACCCAGGGCCGGGAUCCAGAGUUAGAAGCGAUAGAGCACGAGGGCAGCGACUACAUAUUUCAAUUAGACAAAGCAUCGGGCCUAAGGAAGAAUCUAGCGAGCAAAGCAGAAUGGGACUAUACUGCUAACAUUACAAAGGAAAAUGAGGAGAAAUGGAUACAGCUCCGAUUAGAAUUAUCAAAAUUAGAGAAACAAGCAUGGGAGGAGACGAAGAUGUACAAAUGGCAGAUAUUCCAAGAUAACCAACUGAAGAGAAUGUUCAAGAAGUAUUGCGAACUAGGCGUGGCAGCGUUACCUGACGACAAAUACAAGCAGCUCAUGAAAUCCGUGUCGGGAAUGGAAUCAAACUACGCUACAUCAAAAAUAUGCUCGUACAAAGAUAAUACAAAAUGUGACUUGUCUUUAGAACCGGAAAUUACCGAGAUCUUCGCAAAAAGUCAAGACCCUGAAGAGCUCAAACACACGUGGAUUGAGUGGCAUAAAGUGGCCGGUGCUAAGGCACGAAAUAAUUUUACUCAGUAUGUACGACUGUAUAAUGAAGCAGCCAAACUUAAUGAUUAUAAAGAUGUAGCGGCCGAGUGGUGGCAGGCCGAUGUCACGCGACAUUUUUAUCUUUCAGGUAAUAUGUGGGCACAGACAUGGAAUAAUAUAGAAUCCUUCACACGUCCUUAUCCUGAUAAGAAAGAAAGUGACAUCACUCAAGCCAUGAGAGAUCAGAAUUACACAGCGUUAAAAAUGUUCCAAAUGUCAGACGAAUUCUUCAAAUCUUUAAAUUUGACCGCGAUGCCUGAGAAAUUUUGGGAGAACUCCAUUAUUGAGAAGCCAACAGACAGAGAGAUAGUUUGUCAUGCGUCAGCUUGGGACUUCUACGACGGACAAGAUUUUAGGAUCAAAAUGUGUACAGUGGUGAACAGGGAGCAUUUCAGGAUAGUUCAUCAUGAGAUGGGCCACGUACAGUAUUACUUGCAAUAUAGAAAUCAGCCGAAUGUGUUCCGUGAGGGCGCGAAUCCAGGUUUUCACGAAGCAGUAGGUGAUACAAUAGCAUUGUCGGUAUCAUCCCCUAAGCAUUUACGACGUGUUGGUCUUAUAAACGGGGAUGCUGAAGACGAGCAAACUGAAAUAAAUCAACUUUAUAAAAUGGGUAUGGACAAGAUAGUGUUUUUACCUUUCGCUUACACCCUUGACUUGUUCCGCUACGGUGUAUUCCGAGGUACGACCCCUCCAGAAGAUUACAACUGCCAUUACUGGAGAUUAAGGGAAAUGUUGCAAGGAGUAGAACCACCGGUGAACAGAACAGAAGAAGACUUUGAUGCUGCUGCAAAAUACCACGUAUCUGCAAAUGUUGAGUAUGCUAGAUAUUACGUGUCAUUCAUUAUCCAAUUCCAAUUCCACCGGGCCCUGUGCAGCCUAGCCGGGGAGUACGCCCCGGAGGACAUAAAUAAGAAGCUGGUCGAUUGUGAUAUUUAUCAGAGUGUCACUGCUGGCAAUGCUUUGGCUAACAUGCUCAAGAUGGGAUCAUCGAAGCCGUGGCCAGACGCGAUGGAAGUGCUCACCGGCCAGCGGUCUAUGAAGGCGGACGGCCUCUUGGAGUACUUCAAGCCCCUUUACGAGUGGCUGAAGGCAGAGAACCAACGGACAGGCGAAUAUAUCGGAUGGGAGCCUAGUAAAAUACAAUACUGCACAUCAGAGCAGUUAGCAGCGCUCAGGGCCAAAAAAAUUACAUCACAGCCUCAAAAGUUGGUCACGUGACGAGCAAGCGUACUUACAACAUUCACUUAGUCUAAUUUAUAGUAUGCAAGCGUCAGUAUUCGGAAUAAAUGUUCUUAAGAUAGUUUAAAA